GUUCCGCGGAACAACUCCAACGGGCUGACGGUUAAGUGCGGUUGUCCGUACGGUGAGCGGCUGGGAGAUGACGGAAGGAGUUGCUUCGCCGAUCCGAACGCGGAACCUCCGGUGCAGUCCUGUCCGAACACGUGGGACUUUACGUGCAACAACCAGCGGUGCAUCCCGAAGAGCUGGAUCUGCGACGGAGACGACGAUUGUUUGGAUAAUAGUGACGAGGAGCAGAAUUGUACAAAACCGACUUGCGGAGCGAACGAGUUCCAGUGCAAAUCGGGUCGGUGCAUCCCGCUGAACUUCCGAUGCGAUCACGAGAACGACUGCGGUGACCAUUCGGACGAGUUCGAGUGUGGCAACGUGACAUGUGCUGCGUCCCAAUUUGCCUGCGAGAAUGGACGUUGCAUUCCGAACAUCUGGAAGUGCGACAGCGAGAACGACUGCGGCGAUGGAUCCGAUGAGGGUGAUUUCUGUGCGGAGAAGACCUGCGCGUACUUCCAGUUUACGUGUCCACGGACGGGGCAUUGUAUACCGCAGAGUUGGGUGUGCGAUGGAGAUGACGAUUGCUUCGACAAGCAGGACGAGAAGGACUGUCCGCCGAUCACGUGUUUGGCCAAUCAGUUUAAGUGCAAUGAUCUACGGCAGUGCGUGGAGGAGACGUACAAAUGCGACGGAAUUCCGGAUUGUAACGAUGGAAGUGACGAGCUUGGGUGUCCGACGAUGGAGCCGAAUCAGUGCAACCUGGAGAAGCACUUCCGGUGCAAGUCUUCCGGAGUUUGUAUUCCGGUGGCGUGGCAUUGUGAUGGAUCUAACGACUGCGAGGAUCACUCGGAUGAGGAGGACUGCGGCAAGAUCACCUGCCCGAACAACUUCUACAAGUGUAAGAACUCCAAGUGCGUCUACAAGUCGUACAUCUGCGACGGUAAGGACGAUUGUGGUGAUGGAUCUGAUGAGAGUACUGAGCAUGCUUGCGUAACGCCACCGCUGAAGUGUCCGCAUGGUCAAUGGGCAUGUCCUGGAAUAACCGAACGCUGCGUCAACCUGACUUCGGUUUGCGAUGACGUUGAAGACUGCCCUAAUGGAGCUGACGAAGGCUUGGGUUGCGACCUGGCUCAAUGCACACAUCAAACCGGCCUGUGUUCCAACGGUUGCCAGAAGACUCCUUUGGGAGCUCUCUGCAUCUGCCCUCCAGGAGAAGAACUCGCUGCGGACAACUUUACCUGUCAAGAUCUUAACGAGUGCGAUCCUCCGGGCCUGUGUUCCCAGAUCUGUACCAACACUAAGGGAUCCUACUUCUGUUCUUGUACGGAUGGCUACAUCCUAGAACCGAACAAGCACACCUGUAAGGCGGUGAACCACUCGUCGGCCUUCCUGAUCAUUUCCAACCGUCACUCGAUCUUGGUUGCGGACUUGAACGAACAAGGCCUCGAACGGGUACCGAUCAUCGUAGAAAACGUGGUUGCCACUGCUUCCAACAUGCACACCGGCACGAUCUUCUGGAGCGACAUGAAACUCAAGAAGAUCUCCCGGUUAGAUCGCGGUCAGGAACCUCGGGAGAUCAUCUCCACCGGCCUUGAUCUGGUUGAAGGCCUGGCGUACGACUGGAUAGGUCAAAACCUCUACUGGCUGGACAGCAAGCUGAACACGAUUGAAGUCUGCAGCGAGAAUGGGUCAAAUCGCUUGGUCUUGGUUCGCGAGAACAUCACCCAACCUCGUGGAAUGUGCCUGGACCCGAGCCCGAACGCCAAGUUCCUGUUCUGGACCGACUGGGGUGAGAACCCCCGCAUCGAACGUAUCGGCAUGGACGGAACCAUGCGUGAAACCAUCAUCAACACCAAGAUCUACUGGCCCAACGGACUGACCCUGGAUAUUUCUACGCAGCGUGUCUACUUCGCCGACUCCAAGCUGGACUUCAUCGACUUCUGCUACUACAACGGCACAGGUCGUCAACAGGUGCUAGCCGCUAGUCACUACCUACUGCACGCCCAUUCCCUCUCGCUGUUCGAGGACACCCUCUACUGGACGGACCGGCAGCUGAACCGAGUUCUAUCGGCGAACAAGUAUCGCGGCAGCAAUCAAACCGUAGUCAGCCACCUAAUCUCCCAACCGCUAUCGAUCCACGUCCACCAUCCGUCCCUCCAACCGCUGUACGAAAGCCCCUGCAAGAUGGCAACCUGUCAGCACAUCUGUCUGCUCAGCCCGUCGGAGAAAUCCGGCUACUCCUGCAAGUGCAAACCGGGCUACAAGUUGAUGACCGACGGACGCUGCGUCGAAGAGGAGAACGCCUAUCUCAUGGUACUCCGGAACAACCAGAUCGUGGACGUGCCCUUCAACGGUGGUGACGUCCGUGCCGGAAGCAUGAUCCCAGUUGUGGGUAUUGAGAGCGGUAUCAGCGUGGAUUACGAUCGCAAGGGAGAGACGCUGUUCUGGGUUCAGGGCAAGGAGGAAGACGACGAAAACUGCACGAUCUACAUUACGCCGUACGGAGGAGGCAACAAGACGCGUUUCUUGGGCGUGGACAACGGACUGGUCGGAGCGGCCUACACGAUCGCGUUCGACUGGAUCGGAAGGAAUCUGUUCAUUGGAAACCGGCUGGCGAGUAACAUUGAAGCAAUCAAGGUUGAUGGGAAGGUCAAGUACCGAACGGUUGUGCUGGUCAAUGACGGUAACAGGACUUCGGUUUCCAAGCCGAAGCAGAUCGCGCUUGAUCCUACCAAUGGAAAGAUCUUCUGGAUCGACGAAGGUGGUUAUGGAGUGCCGACCAAGGUCGCCAUGGCCAAUAUGGAUGGAUCGAAUCCAAUGAUCUUGGAGGAAACUGUGCAGUUCCCGGAGGCGAUCACCCUGGAUAUCGAGAAGCGGAUGGUGUACUACAGUUCGCAGCAUCCACCGGAGGUAGUGUCGAUCGAUUACGAUGGAAACAACAAGAAGACAAUUCUGACAGAGCAGAAUGGAAUCUCCAAGCCGAGAGGUCUUGGUGUCCUGGAGUCCAGACUGUACUUCAUGGAUCCGGUGUACGAGAAAAUCGUACGCGUAGAUCUUCCCAACGGAGAUAACCCCAAGACCAUCAUGGACAACGAACCGGAUCUGAAGAACAUGAUCAUCUACAAGAAGCGAUCGAUGCUGCAACAUCCCUGCAUGAUGAACAACGGAGGUUGCGAGCACAUCUGUAUUCCAUACGACAACGGAGCUCGGGUUUGCGCUUGCGGCAUGGGUUACAAGAAGGACAACGAGGUAUCCUGCAAUCCGUACAAGACGUUCGCCGUAGUUUCCCAGCUGGACAUGACUCGAGGAUACAGUUUGAAGGAUGCUUCGGAGGCCAUGGUGCCGAUCACCGGCGCUGGUCAUCACAUUCUUCACGUGGAUAUUCUGUACCGCGAGUCGUGGAUCUACUGGGUUGAGUACAACCGCGGUCACUGGAACGGAAUCUUCCGUAUUCGCCCGAACGGCACCGAACUGCAGGGCAUCAUCAAGGACGGUAUCGGAAGCAAUGGAAUCCGAGGCAUCGCCAUCGAUUGGGUCGCCGGCAACAUGUACUUCACCAACGUAUUUCCUCAUGAAAACUACGUCGAGGUCAGUUGGCUGGAUGGUACGCACCGGAAGAUCAUCGUGAAGACUACCAACGACGCCCCGCGAGAGCUGGCGGUGAACCCUAUCAAGCGACUGCUCUACUGGAUUGACUACGGUCAGUACCCUAGGAUCGGAAAGUGCUAUCUGGACGGCUCCAACUGGACUCCGGUGGUCACCUCAGGUAUUUCCAACCCACGAGACUUGACCGUGGACAUGUUGACGCACGACGUCUACUGGGUCGACUCCAAGCUGGACAUGAUCCAGAAGAUAUCCUACAACGGCGGAAACCGACAGGUCAUUCGCCGUAACUUGGCGAACCCCAUGGCAAUCGCUGUCCAUCUGACCGACAUCUACUGGGUCGAUCGCAACCUGUUGACCGUCUUCAAGGCCACCAAAUUCCCCGGAAACAACACUCUCCCGGAGAAGGUCCGCACCAACCUACAGAAGCUGCGGGACAUCACAAUCUACGACAUCAACAACCAACCCACCGAUGACAACAACCCCUGCCUGCGACUCGGAAACGGCGGCUGCGACCAGCUGUGCUUCAGUUUUCCGCCAGAGUCCAACCAGAAACCGAACUUCAAGUGCGACUGUUCCGUCGGACGUCUAUCCGCUGAUGGUCGCCGUUGCGAACUAGCCGACGAGUACGUAGUGUUCUCCACGCGAACGGAAAUCCGAGCGAUCGAGCUGAACCCAGCUUCCACCAACGUACCAUUCGCUCCGGUCGUCAACCUAACGAACGUCGUCGGCCUUGACUUCGACUACGCCGACAACAAGCUGUUCUUCACGCAAAUCCGACCAUGGGCCAAGAUCGCGUACACCAAGGGCGACAAGCCGGAUGCCAGCAACAUCAAGCCGGUUAUCACCCGAGGUAUCAAUCCGGAAGGCAUAGCGUACGACUGGACGCAGAAGAAGAUCUACUGGACGGACAGCUCGAACAACUCGAUCUACGCGAUGAACAUGGAUGGAUCGGACCUGGUGAUGAUCACCCGAGUUGAGAGACCACGUGCGAUCGUCCUGGAUCCUUGCAACGGCACGCUGUACUACACCGAUUGGGGCCGAUUCGGCACUUCGGGUAAGAUCUUCCGGACGACGAUGGCCGGUUCGCUGAAACGUGCGAUCAUCGAUAAGGAUCUGUCGCAGCCUAGCGGUUUGGCGAUCGAUUACGACGAGAGGAUGCUGUAUUGGACGGAUGCGGUGCGGGAGAAGAUCGAGAGAUCCAGGUUGGACGGCAAGGACCGUGAAGUGUUGGUAUCGGCCACAAUCUAUCCGUUCGCGAUCACCGUGUUCCGGAACUACAUCUACUGGACGGAUCUUCAGCUGAGGGGUGUCUACCGAGCGGAGAAGCACACGGGUGCGAACAUGAUAGAGAUGGUGAAGAGGUUGGAGGACUCCCCGAGGGAUAUCCACGUGUACAGUCACAGCCGGCAGCAGUGCCAGGCGAAUCCGUGUCUGCAGAACAACGGUGGGUGUGCUCAGAGCUGUCACCCGGGGUUGAACGGAAAGGCCGAGUGCAAGUGCGACGAUUCGACCAAGCCGGUCAACGAAGGCAGGAUGUGCGCUCCGAAGAACCAUACGUGCGAUUCGAGCAAGUUCUACUGUCAGAACGGCAAGUGUAUUUCGAGGAUGUGGUCUUGCGACGGGGAUGACGACUGCGGAGAUAACUCCGACGAGGACACGAACUACUGCGCGUUCCAUUCGUGCGGACCGAACGAGUUCCGGUGCAACAACGGACGGUGCAUCUUCAAGUCAUGGAAGUGCGAUCACGAGAACGACUGCAAGGAUGGAUCUGAUGAGGAGAAUUGUUCGUACCCACCGUGUGUGGAUGGAGAGUUCACGUGUCUCAACGGACGCUGUAUCCCGCAGAGUCAGGUGUGCAACGGAGUCAACGACUGUAAGGAUAAUGCCACUUCGGACGAAACUCACGAGCGGUGUCCGAAGAAUACGACUUGCCCGGCGAAUCACCUCAAGUGUGACAAGACCAACAUCUGCGUGGAACCGUACUGGCUGUGCGACGGAGAUAACGACUGCGGAGACAACUCGGACGAAGAUCCGCUGCACUGUGCGCAGCGCACGUGUCCACAGAACAGCUUCCGGUGCCCAAAUCAUCGGUGCAUUCCGGCCACGUGGUACUGCGAUGGAGAUGAUGACUGCGGCGAUGGAGCUGACGAGCCUCCAGAGUACUGUAAAUCGGAAGGCCGGACGUGCUUCGGCGACCUGUUUACGUGCGACAAUGGCAACUGUAUUCCACGGAUCUACAUCUGCGAUGGCGAUAACGAUUGUUUGGACAAUAGUGACGAAGAUAACAGGCACCAGUGUAACGACAGGAAGUGUGACGAGGAGACCGAGUUUACGUGUAACGAGAACAAGAACUGGGCUCGGGCACAGUGUAUCCCGAAAAAGUGGAUCUGCGAUGGUGAUCCGGAUUGCGUGGACGGAGCCGACGAGAAUACGACGUUGCAUAACUGCCCGACGCCUCAGCCGUGCAGCGAUGAUCAGUUUACGUGUACCAAUGGUCGGUGCAUCAAUCAGGGAUGGGUAUGCGAUCACGACAACGAUUGCGGCGACGGUUCGGACGAGGGCAAGAACUGCAACAGCCAGUACAAGACCUGUUCGACGCAGGAGUUCACCUGCCAGAACUUCAAGUGCAUCCGCAAUCAGUACCGGUGCGACGGGGAGGACGACUGCGGUGACCACUCGGACGAGGUGGACUGCAAGAAGGAGAACAAUACGUGUCCGCAGGGUAAGUUCACCUGCACCAAUGGGCAGUGCAUCGAUAGCCAUCUGGUGUGCAACAAGGUGCCGGAUUGUUCGGACGAGUCGGAUGAACCGCUGCACUGCAACGUGGACGAGUGCGCCAAGGUGGAGAUCCACCGGUGCGGUCACAAGUGUGUGGAUACUCCCACUGGGUACUUCUGCGAUUGUAAUUCUGGGUAUAAGUUGUUGGAGGAUGGUAAGGCCUGUGCGGACAUCGACGAGUGUAUCGAAACGCCUGGAGUCUGCUCUCAGCACUGCUCCAACACUCCAGGAUCGUACUACUGCAAGUGCGACGAUCGGUACUACGAGCGGCAGAACGACGAACAUACGUGCAAACGUAAGGACGCUACGAAGCCCUGGUUGAUCUUCAGCAACAAGUACUACGUGCGGAACAUGUCCGUUGACGGUCAUCAGUACAACCUGAUCCACCAGGAUCUGAUGAACGUGGUGGCGAUUGAUUUCGACAUGAAGGAAGAGGAGAUGUACUUCUGUGACGUAACGGCCAAGACGAUCUUCAAGUCGAAGUUCGGAUCGAUCCGGGAUGACGUGAAAAUCGAGAAGGUUCCGGUGAUCAAGCAUGACUCUCAUGGUCUGGAAGGUAUUGCAAUAGAUUGGGUUGGUCGUAAACUGUAUUGGUUGGACAGGCAUUCCAAGAACUUGGACGUUUCCGAGUUGGACGGCACGAAGCGUAAGACUUUGAGGAGUGGAGUCGUUGAUCCUCGGGCGAUCGCGGUGCACCCCGGAAUCGGCUAUCUGUACUUCACUUCGUGGCAUCUGCAGGCCUACAUCGCCAAGAUGGGUAUGGACGGAUCGAACUUCACCCGAAUCCUAACCUGGGAGCAGGACAUCGCUUGGCCGAACGCUCUGACCAUCGAUUACUUCACCGAUCGAAUCUACUGGGCGGACGCUCACUUGGACUACAUAGCGUUCUCCGAUCUGGAAGGUCGACAUCGCCACAUAGUUCUAUCCGGAAACAAGGUCCCGCACGUCUUCGCUCUGUCCGUCUUCGAUGACAACCUCUAUUGGACGGAUUGGAACCUGAAGGCGAUCAUCCGCGCGAACAAGUUCACCGGACAGGACUUCACCAUCAUCAGAAAUACGACGCACAGACCUUACGAUGUCCACAUCAGCCAUCCGCUGCGGCAGCUGCCAUACAACAACCCAUGCGGCGCAACCAACGGAGGCUGCACCCAUCUGUGUCUCCUUGCACCGCCCCUGGAGUCGACCUACCUGAACGUCGAAGGCUACAUCGAAGAGGGCGCCCCGAGCUACAAGUGCGCCUGCCCGAACCAGUUCUACCUGGCGCGGGACUCGAAGACCUGUAUUGCGAACUGCACAACCGGUCAGCACCGUUGCGGCGGCGUCGACGAGAAGUGUAUUCCAUGGUUCUGGAAGUGCGACGGCGAACCGGACUGCAAGGACAAAUCGGACGAACCGGAAACGUGUCCGGCACGGCACUGCCGGGCGGGAACCUUCCAGUGUAGCAACGGAAACUGCACCCCGUCGACGACGAUCUGCGACGGUACGGACGACUGCGGCGACGGCAGCGACGAGCAGAACUGCGACCUGCCGUGCCCGGUUUCGGACUUCAAGUGCCGCUCGAGCGGACGGUGCAUUCUGGACAGCUGGAAGUGCGACGGCGACGCGGACUGCAAGGACGGCAGCGACGAGGACCCGGAGAUUUGCCACAAACGAGCCUGCGAUCCGGACACGGAAUUCAGCUGCAAGAACGGGCGCUGUAUUCCGAAGCUGUGGAUGUGCGACUUCGACAACGACUGCGGAGACGACUCGGACGAGCCGGCGUACAUGUGUCGUCAGCGGAACUGUACGACCGGGUGGUCGCGCUGUCCGGGUCAGUCCAACUACCGGUGCAUUCCGAAGUGGUUGUUCUGCGACGGUAAGGACGAUUGUCGGGACAAUAGCGAUGAACUGCCGGAGAACUGCCCCAAGUGCAACACGGAGACGGACUUCAAAUGUAACAACAACCGAUGCAUUCCGAAGCAAUGGAUGUGUGACUUCGCGGACGACUGCGGAGACGGAAGUGACGAAUCGGACGCUCAGUGCAAGGGCAAGUACCGGGAGUGCUCCGAGUCGGAGUUCCGCUGCGGCAACGGUAAGUGUAUCUCCAGUAGAUGGCGUUGCGAUCACGAGGACGACUGCGGCGACAACAGCGACGAGUUCAACUGCGAAGGCUUCCAGUGUAAGAACGGAACGUUCCAGUGUAACUCGGGUCACUGCAUUGCUUCGUACUUCCGGUGCGAUGGUGAUCGUGAUUGUCGCGAUAUGUCGGAUGAGAUCGGAUGUCCGCCGAGGUUCCCAGGAGGUCGGUACUGUCCGGAGUCGCGGUUCCAGUGUGCGAACAACCUUUGCGUGUCGCCGUCGGAUCUGUGCGACGGUACGGAUGAUUGCGGAGACAAUUCGGACGAGGCCACUUCCGUGUGUACGAACUUCAACUGCGAUACGCUGAGGAGGUUCCAGUGUGCGAACCACCGGUGCGUUGCGAGGUAUCAGAUAUGCGACGGAGUGGACAAUUGCGGAGACGGAUCGGAUGAGAAUAACAUGACACUGUGUGCGACUCGGCAGAAGCCGUGCGACCUGUACACGCAGUACCAGUGCGCGAACAAGAAGUGUAUCGAUCGGGCGCAGAUCUGCGACUACGCAGAUGACUGCGGAGACAGUUCGGAUGAGUUGGGCUGCCACCAUACGAGUACCUGCUCGGCGUUGACAAAGGGCGGUUGCGAGCAUCACUGUCACAACUUAACAGACGGAGGCUACAUCUGUGCAUGCUAUCCAGGAUUCAUCAUCGAUGGGGAGAACAAGAAGCACUGCCUGGACAUAGACGAGUGUGCAACGGGAACUCACAAGUGCUCGCACAUCUGUACGAACUUGAACGGUACUUACGCCUGUUCGUGUCGCGAUGGAUUCCGCUUGGCAGAUGCCGUAUCGGGAGUUUGCAAAGCAGUGAAGGACGACGUGACGGUUGUGUUCAGCAGUGGUCCGGAGAUUCGAGCGUACGAUCUGAAGAUCAACGAUCAGUUCGACGUGAUCGCAGGAGAGAAGAGGAUCGAAGCCUUGGAUUACAGUCCAUCGACACAGAUGAUCUUCUGGGCGGACAGCUACGACAAAACGAUCAAGCGAAGCUACAUGGUGAACGCCCGGAAUGGGGAAGUCAAGAUCGGUUUCGCUCAGGAUCUGAACAUGAAGGGUAACUCGAAACCGACGGCGCUGGCCGUGGAUUGGGUUGCGGACAAUUUGUACUGGGCCGAAACGGAUCGUACGGGAUCGAAGCCUAGGGGAAGGAUCAUGGUUGCCAAGACGGACGGACGGUAUCGUAGGGCUUUGGUGAACGCUGGAUUGGAGGUUCCGACAUCGAUCGCUGUGGAUCCGCAGCUUGGACGCAUGUUCUGGGCGGACGCUGGAUCCGCGCCGAAGAUCGAGGUUUCCUGGAUGGACGGCUCGAAGAGGCGACCACUGAUUACGGAAGCCAUCCGGCAUCCGGCGGGGUUGACCAUCGACUACUCGCAGGAUCACAUGGUCUACUGGGUGGACACCAAGCUAAACACGAUCGAGGUCAUGAAGCCGGAUGGUUCGAUGCGCCGGUCGAUCCUGAAGGGCGAGAUGCUGAAGCAUCCGGUGUCGCUGGAUGUGUUUGAGUCGUUCCUGUACUGGAUCACCCGGGACACCGGCGAGCUGCUACGACAGGACAAGUUUGGCCGGGGAGUGCAAGUGGCGGUGCAGCGAAGCCUUGCCAAUCCUUCGAGUUUGAAGGUCUACCACGAUCUGCGUUACAACACCUCGCUGAACAAUCCGUGCUUCAAGAAUGUGUGCACGCACUUGUGCUUGCUGGUUCCUGGUGGUAGGCGUUGUGCCUGUCCGGACAACACCGUCCAGCAGACGUCCCAUCGUAGCACGGUGGAGGUUGUGUGCGACGCACCUUCCGAGCAUGCCAGACCGUUGCCGCAGAUCUGCCCGUGCCAGAACGGUGGCCAGUGCCAGGAGGACGACAGCGGCAACGGGCUACAGUGCAUGUGUCUACCGGAGUUCAGCGGACAGCACUGCGAGUUCUACAGCGAACGGAUGUUCGGAUCCACCCCCGGCAGUGCCGCGGCGAUCUACAUUCCGAUCCUGGUGGCCAUCCUGAUAGCGGCCACCGUCGGGCUGUACUUUAUCAUCAAGAAGAGGCCAUUCGGCAAGCCGAGCCUGACGUCUUCGCAGAGCGUAUCGUUCCGGCCGGGUACGAACGUGGAGUUCAACUCGCCCGAUUUCCCCUCGAAUCGGCCGCCGACCGGGGUGAUACCGGCCGGCGGUGGCGUAGCGCCACUCGACGGCUACAGCCUGGACACGCUGAGCACCAAAAACACGGACUUCAGCAAUCCGAUGUACGAUGCGGUGCAGUCCGGAACGACCGAUCCCAGCAUGGGUAACGGAUCAGGAAUCUACGAGGUUCCCAUGGAUCCCAAGGGCAGUAAAGCCGUAAGUGGGCCGUUCACGGAACCGGUUUCGGCCAUUCUGGCGCCCAGUAGCAUAACGCACCGUACGUCACCGCAGCUAAAUCUGCGUCCGAAGGAGCUGAGCCCUUCGUCACACGACACCGGCAAGGAUACCCAACUGCUGGUGGAAGAGGACAAAUCCGAGUGCUGAUAGGGGGCACUUCAGUCCCUGUAAUCCGAAAACCGUGACACAAGAACACGCACACUUCCACCCAUACAACACAAACACACGCAGACACACAUAACAGAGGAGGAAAGAGUGAUGAUCAAACGUACACCAAGAAGGCGACACCACGCUCGCACUUACACAAACGCACUGUACACAAACACACACUGGACGAAAAGUGCACGCCCAAAGCGUGUGGAAAUAUUUAUGACUCUUUUUUAAUUGGAUUUUAACCUUUUGUUGAUUGGAGCCAAGCUCAUGAUGAUGUGGAAGAGUGCGCCGGAUGCUACUAAAAUCGAUCGAACAUUCCAUAAUGGGUUGAACAGAAUAGUUGUCUUAUUCAUAUUUAUACACACCGAUACGGACGCGCGCACGGACGUACACGCACACACAUACGCACACAAGGGCAAGAGCGUGACCGGGCUUUGUAAAUUGAGAAGAAUAUUUUGACGAAACGUUUGUACAUAGACAAUCUAAGUGUAGUAUCGUUAAAUUUUUAAAAACUGAUAUUUAUAUACAUUUAAAUGGGAAAACGCGAUUUGUCUAAAGAGCUGAUUUGAGGAACUUCCCCGGGGAAACCGAGACAAGCAUACACAUACACAUACGGACAGAAAAGAAAGCAUCACUUUUUUUUUUGAAUGUUUUGAAUCUUUUGAAAAGAGUUGCCUUCUGACAGUAGUAGUAAAGCUGUUGUAACAACUAUUGAUGACUGAUUGUGCAAUCCAGAGUGACUUUCUUUAAACAUACACACAAACACACACAGUACCGCACACAUACAUAGAAGAAUCUUCUCCAGAGGAAAAAGAUCUGAGACAAAAUGGUUGUUUUAAAUUUGUUCGCGCGAGCAUGUGAGACAGAGAGUGUGCGAGCGAGCAGAUGAGCGAGAAUGAGAGCGAUAAAUAUAGAUAUUUAUCACACAAUCACAUUUAAAGUGUAAAAGAGGUGAUAUUCCAAGAAAACAAGAAACACAUUCCUUCAGAGAGAAAGAAAAAAAGUCAAGAAUUCAAACAUUCAAUCGAUCGAUCAAGUUAUACAGUCCAGAUAUCCGUCCAAAAGUAGCAAGAGAAUCAUUCCCCCUGAAUUUGACGGAUCACCAAUAAAAGUCCGCAAUCAAAAACCGUUGGAGUGAGAGAAAGAGAGCUUAUCACCGCACUUUUCCGUCGAAUGCCGCAAGGCAUACUGCGAUUGAGCCCCCUAAGCGAAAAAAAGAGGAGACGACCGUCUCCGUGUAAACUAUAUGAAACAAGUACUAAUUAUUACCCGUGAGUUCGUUCUACAUUACAGUUGAGUAACUGAAAGUGAGUGAUUUCCUAACUAAUGCCUUAGUAAGAGCAUCAGCCUGAGACAGAUAUGUAAGAAAGUUUUUAUACGCGCAUACACUUUAUUGGGGAGGGAAAUCCCAUGAAAAUAUAAUAUGGCGAGACUGCUUUUCAAAUGGAGGAAAAGCCAUAAAGGGAACAGUAAGUUGUAGGAAUAAAGACCAACCACGACAUAUCCGUUAUAGCGCAGGCAAUUCUGAGAAAAGACGAUAGAAAGCAAUAUUUGAAAGACGGAAUUAAGGUGAGACAGACAGACGGAACACACAACCCGGAAACAACAGUUGCGAGGCGAAUGUGUAAUAAUACAUUCGUCGCCCGAAUCGGGAAGAGAGACAGAGAUAAUUAUUUUAAAGAACUGUUUUAAUAAAAAUAUUUUAAAGAUA